UGGUUUUCUUGAAGGUGGAAGCUUUGUUUUUGGAAUUAGAGAUAUAGAGAAGAAGAAAUGGGUCUCUCUGAUCAGGACGUAGAGAACAGAGAUGAGAGCUUGUUGCAGCCAUUUGUUGCCCAACAGAAGGAAACUCAACACGACAGCGAUAGUCUAGGGAUGGUUCUUUUCAGCACCGGCAUUGCAGUUUCUGGGUCCUUCGUUUUCGGGUGCGCUGUGGGAUACUCGGCGCCGACCCAAUUCGGUAUCAUGAAUGAGCUUAGCCUGUCGUCUUCUGAGUACUCAGUUUUUGGGUCCAUCUUGAACAUUGGUGCAAUGAUCGGUGCAAUCACAAGUGGCCGGAUUACUGAUUUCUUUGGCCGGAAAGGGGCUAUGAGGAUCUCUUCCAUUAUUUGUAUAGCAGGAUGGAUUGGAAUAUACUUAGCCCAAGGAGCAUUUUUACUAGAUUUUGGAAGAUUUUUAACAGGAUAUGGCAUUGGUAUUCUUUCUUAUGUGGUACCUGUAUUUAUUGCUGAAAUUACUCCUAAAAAUCUUAGAGGAGCACUAGCAACUUCAAAUCAGUUCUUUAUUGUUUUUGGAAUAUUGUUAAUCUAUUCAGUAGGUGCAUUUGUGAAAUGGAGGACACUUGCCUUAACAGUAACUCUCCCAUGCCUGGUUAUGCUUGCUGGUCUUUGCUUCAUUCCAGAGUCCCCAAGAUGGCUGGCAAUGGUCGGUCGUCAACGCGAGUUUGAAGACUCUUUAAGAAAAAUUAGGGGACCUAAGGUUGACAUUUCUCGAGAAGAGACAGACAUUCAAAAUUCAUUAGCCCUUCUUCGACAACUCCCAAAAGUUACCUUACUAGACUUGGUUCAUAAAAGAAACAUUCGUUUUGUCAUUGUUGGAGUUGGACUAAUGGUAUUUCAGCAAUUUGGUGGAAUCAAUGGAAUUAUAUUCUAUGCUGACCAAAUUUUUGCAUCAGCAGGUGUGCCCCCAAGUACUGGAAGUAUACUCUACUCUGGUCUACAAGUCCUUCUCACUGCAUUUGCUGCAACCUUAAUUGAUAAAGCUGGAAGAAGGCCUCUUUUAAUGGUUUCUGCACAUGGGUUGCUUCUGGGCAAUAUACUAAUUGGAACUUCAUUCCUUUUCAAGGAACACUAUUUGUUUCUUGAUUUAGUUCCAAUCCUCGCAAUCACUGGUGUCAUGAUUUACAUAGCUUCUUUUUCAAUAGGAAUGGGAGCAAUCCCUUGGGUUCUAAUGUCUGAGCUAUUCCCCCUACAACUAAAGGGGAUUGCAGGAAGCCUGGUGACAUUAGUAAAUUGGUUUGGUUCUUGGUUUAUAUCAUUCACAUUCAAUUUUCUAAUGGAAUGGAGUCCAUACGGUACCUUUUACUUGUAUGGUUGUGUUUCCAUCUUCUCUAUCAUUUUCAUUUUCAAAAUGGUGCCUGAAACAAAAGGCCGAACACUUGAAGAGAUUCAAGCUUCUGUGAAUUAGUUCAGUUCAACAAUCACUCAAUUAGAUUCUUUGAUGAUUUAAAGCUGUUUUAUUUAAAAGAUUAGGCAAUGCAUCUUUGAUUUAAGUGAGUUCACGAAACAACAAAAAUUUGAAGAUCAAUGCUAUGUAAUUUUUCCCUUUGUUUUUAUUCGUUUUGAAGUUGUACUUAGCAGAAAGAUAUCUAAUGGAUU